AGUUAAAGCCGUCCUUAAGAAAAGGGAAUAUGGAUCAAAGUACACGCAGAAUAAUUUCAUCACUGGAGUCAGAGCAAUGAAUGAGUUCUGCCUUAAAUCCAGUGAUCUAGAACAACUUCGAAAAAUUAGACGGCGAAGCCCCCAUGAAGAUACUGAGUCCUUUACUGUAUACUUGAGAUCGGAUGUGGAAGCAAAAUCUUUGGAGGUUUGGGGAAGCCCUGAAGCUCUUGCCAGAGAAAAAACUGCGUAAGGAAGCAGAAAUAGAAUAUAGAGAACGGCUGUUUAGAAACCAAAAAAUAUUAAGAGAAUAUAGAGAUUUUUUGGGAAACACCAAGCCACGCUCUAGAACGGCGUCAGUGUUCUUUAAGGGACCAGGAAAAGUGGUGAUGGUUGCCAUUUGCAUCAAUGGGUUAAACUGCUUCUUUAAGUUUCUUGCCUGGAUUUAUACGGGUUCAGCAAGUAUGUUCUCAGAAGCUAUACACUCAUUAUCUGAUACUUGUAAUCAGGGGUUACUCGCCUUGGGCAUCAGUAAGUCUGUUCAGACACCAGAUCCUUCUCAUCCGUAUGGAUUUUCAAAUAUGCGCUAUAUUUCUUCGCUCAUUAGUGGUGUUGGUAUUUUCAUGAUGGGUGCAGGACUAUCAUGGUACCAUGGAGUUAUGGGAUUGCUUCAUCCACAACCAAUGGAAUCCCUUCUAUGGGCAUAUUGUAUUUUAGCAGGAUCAUUGGUAUCUGAAGGAGCAACGCUCGUUGUUGCCGUAAAUGAACUUCGUAGGAGUGCUCGGGCCAAAGGAAUGUCAUUUUACAAGUAUGUAAUGGAAAGCCGUGACCCUAGUACAAAUGUUGUGUUAUUGGAAGAUACUGCAGCAGUUCUGGGAGUAAUAAUAGCAGCCACCUGCAUGGGUCUUACUUCUAUAACAGGCAAUCCACUGUAUGACAGCCUGGGUUCCUUGGGCGUGGGCACCUUGCUGGGCGUGGUCUCAGCAUUCCUCAUCUACACGAACACAGAGGCGCUCCUGGGGCGGUCCAUCCAGCCAGAACAGGUGCAGCGGCUCACUGAGCUCCUGGAGAACGACCCGUCAGUAAGGGCAAUCCAUGAUGUUAAAGCCACAGAUCUGGGAUUAGGUAAAGUAAGAUUUAAGGCAGAAGUAGAUUUCGAUGGACGAGUUGUUACAAGAUCAUACUUGGAAAAACAAGAUUUCGAUCAAAUGCUACAAGAAAUUCAAGAAGUGAAAACUCCUGAAGAGCUAGAGACCUUUAUGCUUAAACAUGGAGAAAAUAUUAUUGAUACUUUAGGAGCUGAAGUGGAUAGACUUGAGGAGGAACUGAAAAAACGAAAUCCCGAAGUCCGACAUGUAGAUUUGGAGAUACUGUGAUCUGAUGGAGUCACCCACCUUGGUGGAGGCCUUGGAAACAAGUAUGUAACGCCACUCCGCAAAGCCUGUUUGCUCUCUCCCACACUGAAGGCGACGGUGCCACUCAGAAGCCUUUUUUUUUUUUAAGGUGGAGGAAAUAUUUUAUGUAAAGAGCAGUUCAACAGGCCACAGAAUGGAAUCUACUUCCUACAUCUAAGAGACACAUUACAAGUUGAAUCAAUUUGAAAAUCAUGUUUUUAUGCUUCCACAGGGAACAGUUUGGUUACUUAAAAUUGUUCAUAAUUUCUCAUUUUAGCCUGUCAGCGUGUGUCAUACUUGGCAAUCAUGUUCCCUUUCUCCACGGUGGUAAAAAUAAGUGGCAUCCUCACACGGGAUUGUGAUUUUUAAUUUUGAUGCCACUGAAGGUUUCACUCCAUCAAAAUGCCAAUCUUGAAUAUUCUGGAUCAGUCUUGGUAUGUGGUUUUUAAACAGUCAAUCCGUUUCCAAGUCUGUCUUUCCUUGUGGAAUGUGGAAAGUAUUUCUACAUCCCUUGUGAUUUUGACCUGAGUGCUGAGAAGAACACUCUCCUAACCUAGUUACCCACAAAUGUUCAUUCCAGACAUGGCUUAGUUUACCGAAUCAAAUGUAGGCAUUAUCGAACUCUUCUGGGUCAUAGGAGUUGCCAUUUUGUAAAAUUUCUUUUUCUUCUUGGCUUUUUUCCCUUAUUUGGUUUACUUUUUCUAAUGUUAGGAGAUAUGAAAGAAUCCUAGAUAUUUCCAUGGGCCAGUGUGAUGACUUUUUUUUUUAAACUGGCUUCAGUGCCAUAGUGUUUAUUUACUGGGAGAUAAUACAUUUAUGACCAUUUUAACAUUCUGUAAAAUGGACUAGAAAUAUUUAUAAUUUUUAUGGACAGGAUAGCAUUUUAUUUUUAAUUUAUUUAAAAAGAGGCACUACUUAUGUAAAUCUGAACUGUGGGAUAUUUCUUGCUUUAAGGAAGAGACAAGUAAAUCUCUUACACUGAAACUUAUGGUCAUGGUUUUGUAUAAUAUAGUCAAUAGUGUGUCUACGAGUCUGUUGCAGUUACAAAUGGGCAUUUAGCGUGGUAUGUUGACUAUAACAUAGUAUGUAAGUAAAUAGCUUUCUAAUGACCAUAAGUUAUCAAGGUGAAAAA